AAGGAAGUGAACAUUUCGCACGGGAAGGGGAGGCGCCUGUGACAGCAGCCCCGGCUCUUCAGCAGCUCCUAAUAACAACAUUAGAUUAGCUGCAACUUCUCCACUCUAGGUUUAUUGAUCUUAUAACAUUUUUGUUUUCUCUCUUUUCUUUCAGAGGAGUGCAGUCCGUCUUUUUUUUUUUUUUUUUUUUUUUUUUUAUUCUGAGACAGUACAGAGGUGUAGGGAUAUCUGGCGCGUUUAUUGGAAGGGUGAGAAGCGAGAAUCCCUUGGCGUGCAGAUUUCAAAACAAAACAAAUCAGAAACAUUAAAGGAGAAGUGGAACUGGAAGGAGACGGGAGGGAGUUGCAGGAAUUGGGGAUGGGGGGGAGAGCACAUUUUUUUUUCUCCCGUUGACUGAGCGAUAGUAGAGCCCCCCUGGCUGCAUCGUUUCGAUGGUCUGGGCUUGCAGGGAUUUGUGUAGAGUAGGGUGGCUGUGUGUCGUGGUGUGGCUGGGAUUUUAGGUUCUCACAAAUGCGUGUGCUUGCACACACAGGCACAGCAACAACCAAACAGAGGUUUUACAAGAUUUGACUUUGGGGGGGAGGGGAAAGGGAUUAUUUUAGCUUUUUUUUUUUUUCCCCUUUUUGCCGGGGUCCGGGACAAGCGAGCUGAACUUGGUCAUUUCAAGUUCGAUGCUGCACGGAAGAUGAUCCGAGGAAGGGGAGCGGGGGUCAUCUGUGGUUUUUGAGUUGUGUUUGCCGGCCUUUGCACAAGAAGGAAGCCAACAGGCUGCAGGUCGGCUUCAUUGCGCAGGCUGUAUUUAUAUAUACAGAUCUCGCAAGGCGAAGGGGGAGAGAGAUCGUGGACCCCUUUCUCUCUCCGGAGGAGUUUGGGUAGAGAAGGGGGGUAGGGUGUGUAAUAGAAAGUAGGGGAGGGGGUUUUGAGUCGAAGUGGGGGAGGAGAGCGAAGGGUUGUGGAGGAGGGGCAGACCUGCCUCUGCUUAAAGAAAAAAAAAAAAAAGAAGAAAAGAAAACAGCUCCUUCUGUGCUGUGCAAGAUCCGGGCUUGCAGUCCGUGAGUGCGUGCGUGUGUUUGUGUACGGGAGAGGGGGAGGGGACUCGGGCAAAGGUGGUAUAGGUGAGAAGGAAAGACAGGAGGUCGCGGGCUGGGGGGCGAUGAGGGCGGCUGCUGCUGCUGCUGCUGCUCCUGCUGCAAUUGUAAAGAGCCGGGCUUCUCUGUGGCCGAGGUGCUGGGACUCCGGGCUGCCGUUGCAGCCGCCGCCGCCGCCGCACCGCCGCCCGAUUUGCCACGCCAAUCCCCGGCUGCCCACCACCUCUUCCUCUGCCCGGCCUAUAGUGGACAUGUCCUACGCACGCCACUUUCUGGAUUUCCAGGGCUCCUCCAUCCCCAAGAGCAUGCAGAAGCUGGUGGUGACCCAGCUGAGCCCAAACUUCAGAGAAGCAGUUACCCUUCUUCGGGAUUGCCCGGUGCCCCUCCCAGGGGACGGAGACCUCCUCGUCAGAAACAGAUUUGUUGGCGUUAAUGCAUCUGACAUAAACUACUCAGCUGGUCGGUAUAGCACUUCGGUUAAGAUCCCAUUUGAUGCAGGUUUUGAAGGUAUCGGAGAGGUAGUAGCCUUAGGCCUUACUGCUAGUGCCAAAUUCACGAUUGGCCAAGCUGUGGCUUACAUGACACCUGGUUCUUUUGCUGAGUAUACAGUUGUGCCCGCCAAAAUUGCAAUGCCAGUGCCCUCUGUGAAACCCGAGUACCUUACCUUGCUUAUAAGUGGUACUACCGCAUACAUCAGUCUGAAGGAGCUUGGAGAAUUGUCUGAAGGGAAGAAAGUUUUGGUGACGGCCGCAGCUGGGGGGACUGGACAGUUUGCUGUGCAGCUUGCAAAGAAGGCAAAAUGCCAUGUAAUUGGAACCUGCUCCUCUGCUGAAAAGUCUGGUUUUCUGAAAUCUCUCGGCUGUGACCUUCCCAUCAACUAUAAGACUGAGAAUGUUGGGGCUGUCCUUAAAAGAGAGUACCCAGAAGGUGUGGAUGUAGUGUAUGAAUCUGUUGGUGGAGAGAUGUUUGACUUGGCUGUCAACGCCUUAGCUAUCAAAGGGCGCUUGAUAAUUAUUGGGUUUAUCUCUGGCUACCAAAAUCCUACUGGCCUUUCGCCUGUUAAAGCAGGGAGUUUGCCAGGGAAACUGCUGAAGAAAUCCGCCAGUGUCCACGGUUUCUUCUUGAACCAUUACUUUUCUGAAUACCAAAAGGCCAUGGACCACUUGCUCAAGAUGUAUGAAAGUCAAAAACUGGUUUGUGAGGUGGACCUUGGAGACUCGUCUCCAGAGGGCAAGUUUACUGGCUUGGAGUCUGUAUUCCGUGCUGUAGAUUACAUGUACAUGAGAAAAAACACUGGAAAAAUUGUAGUUGAAUUACCUCACUCUGUCAACAGUAAGCUGUAAAAACAGAACAAUGAUAUAAAUCAAAAGAGAAAGAAAAUGGGCACUUUAUGCCCCAGAAUUACUAAAAAACAAUUUAUUUUAGUUGGUAAUGGAUAGAAUAUUAAAAAUUAAAAAAAAAGCAAUAAGGUGUUAAUGAACAGGGUUCUCUCUUUUCUCGCUUAAAGGAGGAGUUUAAAUAAAAUGUGUCAUGUCAGUAGCUGAAAAUAUUAAGUGCCUUGACGCCUUAGCUUACAUACUUAAAAUCUCAACCAGUUUCAUCCCAAUUUCAUCUAGGAAUCUAAUAUUUCCUGAUGCACAAUCUGAUCAGUCUUUCUUCAGAUUUAUGAGAUUUAAAAAAUAAUUUUAAAAACACAUUUUGCCUUUUAUUUUCCUAAGGUGCCAUUUAACAUUCAUGCUAAAAAAAAAAAAAAAAAAAAAGGUAUUUUGGUUAUAGGUAAAAAACUGUUCUACACUUGAAAGUCACUAAUAUUGAAGGGGGGGGUUCUUAGCAUUGGAGAAAUUGAUAAAUAAAAAUUGAUUCAAAUAUAAAUUUGGAGAUUCCCAAGAAAAGUGAAACUGAUUAUCUUGGAAAUGCAUACAUGUAACCACAAGUGUCCUUCUGAAGUUUAGCAUGGUAUUAUUUACACUUAACUUGAAGAUAUUUGGAAGAGGAAAUUUUGCUUUUAAAAAAUAGUUUUGAAAAUUUAUUGUAAAGAAUACAUUCUGUAAAAUUACAAAAAAAUAAAAAAUUUAUAAAAUUUCGUAUCAACA